AUGUCGACGACAUUCUUGCUGCCUACGCUGCUUCUUGCGGCACUUGCGGCCACCGCGACGAGCCUCACCUUGAAGCCGGGCUGCCGGCCAAGCUGUGGCGGCGUCGACGUUCCCUACCCUUUUGGCAUCGGCCAAGGCUGCUUCCUCCCCGGCUUCGAGAUCGUCUGCGACAACAGCAGGCCUAUCCUAGGGAACACCGAGCAGGCUAUAGAGGUGUUCGUGCUCAGCUUGUCCGUGACCCCGCGACCAGAGGCACGGGUGAUGGUGCCCAUAACGUGGCAGUGCUUCAACUCCUCCGGCGACGCUAUCAAGUGGAGCAUCAGCACCGUAAACUACAAUCGGGCCGGUGUGUACCGCAUCUCCAACAAUCACAACGAGCUCGUCGUUCUAGGCUGCAACACCUUCGUCUACACCAACGGUGGGCCGCGCGGUCGCUCCACCUACACCUACUACACGGGCUGCGCCGCUUACUGCGACAACGCCCAGAGUGCGCGUGAUGGCGACUGUACCGGAGUCGGCUGCUGCCAUGUUGACAUCCCACCGGGCCUUUCCGACAACAAGAUGCGGUUCUCGGGGGAUCCGGAUUGGAAGAACCCGGGCAUGCCGUUCAGCCUUUGCGACUACGCCUUCAUCGUGGAGAAGGGCAACUACACGUUCCAGAAGGCUGACCUCAAAAUGGACCUCGAGACCAGCAAGCCGCUGCGGCUAGACUGGGCCAUCCGUGUCAACAACGGCAGCUCCCUGUCGUGCGCCGAGGCGCCCAGCAUGCCGGGGUACAUGUGCGUCAGCCAACACAGCGAGUGUGUCGACUCCACCAACGGUCCCGGAUAUGUGUGCAACUGCACCGAAGGCUACGAGGGCAACCCGUAUCUUCACAAGGGAUGUACAAAUUUAAAUGAAUGUGCACGUCCAAGGGAGGAAUAUCCAUGCAAUGGUGUAUGUUAUGACAUUGACGGUUCAUAUGAUUGCAAAUGUCACCUAGGCUACGAGAGUAGUGGUGAUCCAAAAGAAAAUCCAUGCAAUCCAAAAUUCCCACUUCCAGCAAGGAUUGCUCUAGGCAUCGGCCUAGGUGUGUCCAUCUUGGUUUUUGCCUUGCUCUUGGCAUUCAUAAUGCACCAAAAGAGAAAACUUGCUGAGCAUUUUGAAAUGAAUGGGGGUAAUAUACUAAAAUCAGUCAUAGGCCUGCCCAUUUUCACAGAGAAGGACCUAAAGAAAAUCACUAAGAAUAAUUCAGAGUGUCUGGGUAAUGGAUAUUUUGGUAAAGUGUACAAAGGAACUCUACCCGAUGAAGCAAUCGUGGCAGUUAAAUCCUUUAUCAAGGUAGAUAAAGACAGAAUAGGGGAAUUUACGGAGGAAGUGAAGAUCCAAUUGAAAAUGAAACACCCUAACAUUCUCAAGCUAAUGGGUUGUUGCCUCCAGCUGGAUGUUCCAAUGUUGGUGUAUGAGUUCGCUGCAGAAGGGAGUCUCAGAGACAUUCUACACUGGAAACAAAACCAAAAGCUCUCAGCGGAGUUACGGUUGGACAUUGCAAUUGGGUCUGCCAACGGAUUAAGCUAUAUGCACUCUGAAGACAUACGGCAUGGAGAUGUGAAACCAGACAACAUACUUCUCAGUGACAAGUCAAUACCAAAAAUAGCUGAUUUUGGGCUAUCUAAACUACUUAACCCAGGGGAAAAAUUUACUAAGAAGGUUAUUGGGUGCCAGGGUUACAUGGACCCAGUUUUCAGGAACACUGGUAUAUUAACCUCAAAGAGCGAUGUCUAUAGCUUUGGGGUUGUUCUCCUAGAACUCAUAUCUAGGAAAAAAGUGGAAUAUGGUGAAAGCGGUAGCCUCAUCAUUGAAUUUCGCCAUAUAUAUGAGACAAAAAAGAGUGGAAGGUCAUUGUUUGAUGAGGAGAUUGUAGCUGAAAAAGAUAUUCUGAUCCUUGAAGAAAUUGGCAAGCUAGCAAUGCAAUGUCUAAAAGAACGUUUAGAUGGACGUCCUGGUAUGAAAGAAGUAGCAGAACAACUUGUCAAGAUUAAAGAGAAUAUUGUACAUACGACUGCAACAACACUUAGAUGA